AUGCGAAAACUGAUGAUCUUACUAGUCACUCUAACUGAUAUUUCAAUUGGUCUUCAAAGAUGUUCAGAUACAUGGCUAGAUUUCAAAGGCUAUACAUACAGUGUGGAUCCAGUUUCCAAGAAGAGAAUAUGGUCUCAUUGUAAAUUUCCAAAUCCUACAGCAGACAGUUCAAGAUGUGGUUUCCCAGUAGAUACUUCUCGACCGGGUUACAUCUGUGAUCCUGAUGGCAUUAUAUCAUCCUCAAACAAUGCCAUGAUUCAGAUCAACCAACAGUUGAUAGCAAUCCAAAAGAACACAUCCACAUUAUGUGAUAGUACUGAGAAACAGAGGCAGAGUUAUAUUGUUAGUAUAGCUUUGAUAGAUGAGAUGAGAAUAGCCGACUUACAGGAUGCUAGUAGUUGUAUCAAUGAUUGUAAUGAGAUACAACCAACGUUAAAUACCACAGUUAGGCAACCAACAGAAGGAGAAGUUGAUAAGAUGGUGACCAACUUUGCUGACAGUCUUCGAGUUUCCUGGGCACUGGGUGCUUGUGAUAACGAUGUGGUGAUCUUCUACAGCAAACACUUCAACAAAGUGUACACAUCAGUAGGAUCCAAAGCAUCAAGUUUCCUAUCAGAAUCAAAAUUAGCUGCACUGCAUUCAAGUUUUCUGGAAAAUGUAAACAAUGGUAAACUAGAAGAUGGUUUACUUCUGCUGGUGGAUGAAGUCAGGACUAAUUUAAGAAGUUUUACCCCUGCCCAUAUCUUGGUCGUAGUUAACGUCGUCAUCAUUGUGCUUGUCGUUUUGUUUUUCACCUUUUUCCUCCAUAUGAGUGAUGUGGAACUGAAUGUGUGGGGUAACGAGAAACAGUGGGCAGUGUUAGACAUUAUCAUCAAGUUUAUAACUGGAGUGUGGUUUCUGAAUUUCAUGUUCCUCGGUAUUGGUAACACACUCUACAGAUUGAAUAUUUGGGCAUCUCUGGUCUGUUUAGCUGCUGCUAUCGGAUGUAUUGUGAUUGUUUAUGAACAUGAUGUUAUUUUUACCAGCAGAUCCACAGUUACUAAUUUUAAUUUAACAGCAUAG